AUGUCAAUUCAAUUCAACAGUCGUUUCCAUUUCCAAACCACAUCAUCACCACCGUCACCAUCACCCAACACCGACAACCUCCUCAUUGGUAUGAUAUCUAGCAGCAGCAACAUAAAUCUUGUAGAAACAGUUUUGGGAAACGGAUAUUCUCUCGCAAGACAGGAAAAUAUUUACAAUGGAACUUAUAAAGCAAUGUUUCGUGUGUUGGACGCGUGUGAUGGCAUGGCGAGUAUGAGGGAGACGCUCAACCUCAUUCAAAACGAUUCCGUGAAUGUCAUCUUCGGAGCUCUUUGUUCAGCUAAUUGCAUUGCCACAGCCCAAGCUGCUAACUACUGGAACAUUCCAUACUUCCCUUUGAACUGCUUCGAUCCGAGCCUCGAUGAUUCCAAUCUCUAUUCGACAAUUGUUCGAUUCUUUGGCUCUCUGACAUCAUUUGGCGCAUCGUUUGCAGCAUAUUUCAAAAGGUAUCAGUGGGAAAACGUCGCCAUCAUGAUAGAAAGUGAAGCAGACUUUUGCGAUUCCGCUCUUAAUGCCAUUCAAUCUUCAUUGAGAGGAGACAUGGUGACGGUGGCUGAAAUCGUGCAAUUGCCAGCUGACAUCAGCUCUUUGGAUGCUUCGGUUUUUUUAAAAAUUCGUCGCUCAGCUCGAAUAAUUAUCGUCUGCCAUUCCAAGCCUGCUGCCCUGAGACAGAUUAUAUUUUUCGCACAGGAUCUUGGAAUGACUGAUCCAAGUCAAUAUGUCUGGAUCACUUUCUAUAACAUCUACUUAGGACUUCCAUUUGAUGUUCUGCUCCAACCAUGGUCAGCCACAAACAACAACAACCAACCUGACGAUGACCAUAGGAGGAAAGCCUUUCUCGCCCUCAAAAUUAUAACGUACAAAAACAUGACAAAUAUUUCCAACAUUGCUGAUGACGCUACUCAAUCACUGGAUGACAUAUUCUACCUCUACCUGGUGCUCAGGAAUCAAACGUUGAGUUCAAACAAGGAUCCAGAGAGCGGAUCCAACAUUCUCAACUCUGCGAAAUCAAAUGAAAUUAUUGAUAAAAGCGAGACCUUGAAAUUCAAUCCGGAUGGUGACCGACUGAUGAACUUUUACGUUUGGUCGCUGGCUCCUGGAGCUACCACAUUCGGUCCCUACAUGGAAAUCAACCUGACUAACGAAAGUACAUAUUCGGUGGGUACAGUGAUUGUUGUAAGCGGGGGUCUCUUUGCAAUUAAAUCUGGUCAAUGCAAUAGCGGUGCCAGGCACUUUGCCGCUACACUAUCGCGCUGA